AUGAAUAACAAACAAAAAUAAUAACUGAGUCAACCCCCAUAGACUCCAAACACCUUCUUAUCGUUGGCACAGCCUUUCGACACCCCGACAUCUUUUAUUAAACGGCCAAUCCCUGUGAAAUCACCAUACUCUAAAGAGAUGAAUGUAGCGCACUCUUCCCGUAAUUCUAGCGAAGGCAUCCACUCAUCAGGUGGAAAGAAAAGUUCUCGCCAUCUCUCAAAUUCUUUGCAUAAUUCACCCGACCCACCAAGGUCUAUCUACCAAAGGUCUCUUUCCUUUUAGUAAAUUAAUUAGACUAGUAGUUUUAUUACCGUAGAAAAAGAGAACAAACCUCCUCAAUAAAACACAAGCACCUAACAAAAUAGUGAUCAAAAUAAGUUUUUUAACUCUCCUAUUUCAAGAAGAGAAAGUCCAAACAAAUCUUAUCAGUAGGCCUUCGCUAGUCUCAAUUUGGGUACCACUACUCUUAACCACUAGAGAAGCUUCCAAAAUUAUAAUAAUACUUAAAACUAGUGUUAAGCGUAAACAGACUUCUUGAAGACUAUUACUCAAAGCCCAAUGCUUUAUAAAAAUCUAAACUCUGUCGACUGGAGGUUCAAUAGCCCACACCCCAGUCCAUUCAAAAUGAAGGCAAACGAUUCCUAGGGUCAGCCAAUCAAAUCAGAUACUGAGAUCCCUCAAAACAUAAUGACUAGACAAUCUUACCAAUACUCCUUGCUGUCCCCAGCACCCAAUUUCGAUACUAAUGGGAUUUCAGCCUCUGAUAAUCUUAGUAAUGUUUUAAAGUACACUAAAGACAAAGAACUAACAGGCAGACGACUAUUCUAAAGCCCUCCAAAAUUCAAGCCAUCAUUGGUAGGUGCAACCAAAGGAGGAGCAAAGAUAUACUAAAAUAAGCUUGAAGACAUUAUUGAAGAAGAGUCAGGACUUGGCCACAUCGGAAGUUCAUCUUCAAUGAUGAACAAUCUUAUCUACUCGAAAGAGCCCGAGUAGCACAAUCAUCAUCAGUAUAAUGAGAGUAUCAAUGGAAGCAACUUAAUAGAGACAAACUUCAAUAGAAAAAGACAUUAGCUCACUUUUGACGAAGAGGAUCACUUAUUUGCCACACCUACAAUGGACUAAAAUUGCCAUAGCUAAAUUUAAAGCACCAGUGGCUUCUAUGGAAAUGAAAACAAAUUUAACCAAUCAAAACCCAUAAAUUAAAACAAUAGCCACCAGUAUAAUUAGAUAAGACAAGGAUAUUUCAACGGGUAAUAUCCCCAGCAAAUGGGUUAAUAAUAUCAGAAUGAAUUCGGCCACAACUUUUCAAGCCAAAAAGACUUUUAAUAGUGUGAUUAGAAUCACUAAUAGUGCAAACACUCCAGUCGUGCCUACAGAAGUAAUGUUAUCCAGCAAUUAGAUUUAAAUAAGUCGAAUUUCUAUCCAAAAUUAGACAGAAUCAAUAUAAAAUAGACUAAGAAUGAAUUUAACUUCAUUGGUGACUAAAAAGAUCUUAACAUGUCCUAUAUUGACUAGAGUGUAAUCAACGCUCAUAUUAACAUUCAGUUUUAGAAUGUCCCUUAAUCAGAAAUGCAACCAAUGGGCUACUUUAUUCAGUAGGAGAAUAAUAUGCAAGAUCCAAUGAAGAUGAGGACCUUUUAUCAGCCUAUGGGCACAUGUGAAUAGGGAUACUUCCCCAUGACUAUUGGAAAAUAAAAGAACUAUUCUAGCAUUAAAAAACAAAAAGCUGGAAAGAAGUAACAACUUUUCAAUUAAAACAACAGUGGAGUCAAAAGAUCAUAUGGUCAAUUCAUGAAAAGUAGCGGUAAAAAGUCACUUAUGAAUCUCUAAAUUAACAAUCUUGGCCAGGUUUCUAAGAGUGCUCAGAAAUAAAAUUUCAAGCGUAGCAUGCAAAUGUAAAACAGCCAAAGAUAUUAUGACAAUACCCCAGAGGCAGUUCAAAAUGAAAUGCUUCUUCAAACCCCUAAAGGGCUUCCACUGCAGAGUACUCCUGAUAAAAAUCAAGAUAUUGCUCAAAACUCAAACUUCAAGACACCUAAUAUUCUCUAAUCAGAUAAUAAAAGUUAGUAACCUUAGAAAACUACCUGCAAUUGCAAGAAAUCUAAAUGCCUUAAGCUUUAUUGUGAUUGCUUUGCAGUGGGUCUUGGCUGCUCUCCAGAAUGCAAUUGCAUGGACUGCGCCAAUCAAGAUGACAAUGAAGAAAGAAAGUUAGCUAUGGAAGCUAUUGUAGAGAGAAAUCCUAAUGCCUUCAAACCAAAGAUUCAAGAAAAGGGGUAUCAUGCUAAGGGAUGUCAUUGUAAAAAGAGUGGAUGCUUAAAGAAAUACUGUGAAUGCUAUUAAAGUGGUGUUCCUUGCACUAAUAUUUGCGCUUGUGAAGGAUGUAAGAAUUGUGACGAGAAUAUGAUUGGUCAAAGGUAGCUCAUAGGAUUGGAAUAAGAUGAUGAAUUAGCUCAACAAACUUUUGAGGAAGAUAAAAUGAAUAGUCCUAGGCUAGUCGAUGAAAAAGACUAUAAGAACCAUAUUCAAAAUUCUGACAAGAAAUCUCAAGAAAAGUAGGAUGAACCGCCAAAUUCUGGAAAUAAAAUAAGCCCUGGUAAAUCUACUCGUAGAAGUGGAAAUAAUGCCAGUAUGAUGUAAUUCAGUACUCCAGAAGAUCCAGUUAAGCAGUUAAAUGAUAAAAUUACAACUCGAAGGAUCAAACAAGUUAAAAUCACCACGAAAGUGGAAAUAACUCCUAAAAAAGAACUCACAUUCAAAUCAGAAGUGGUCCCUUAAAACAAUUAUUUGAAUCUAAGUUCAUCUAUAGAUGCUCAUUAGAGUCAAUUAGAGACCAGAUCAUUGAAAAGAUAAAAGACUUCGACAAACUCCAUCCCAUAGGAGACAUUGAAAACUAGAAACAGCACUUUAUUAACCGCUGCUGUAGGAACUUUAGACAAGCUAAAUAUGCAUAAAAAAGAGUAAGACUAAGAGGUAACUUCUACCACAAAUACUAGUACUUAAAUGACCACUAGAAGUAAGAGGAAAUAAUAAGAGAACUAUUCAACCACUGGUAAUAACAGUAGUCAUAAUAAAAAAUGA